AUGGCGACUCCGUACGUCCCCGGCCGGCUCGAUGGCAAGGUGGCGCUCGUCACGGGUUCGGGCCGCGGCAUCGGAGCGGCCAUCGCGAUUCACCUGGGCCGGCUGGGCGCAAAAGUCGUGGUCAACUACGCGAACUCGGCCGAGCACGCGGCCAAGGUGGUGGCCGAGAUCAAGAGCCUGGGCUCGGACGCGAUCGCGGUCCAGGCCGACGUGCGGCACGUCUCGCAGACGGCGCGGCUGUUCGACGAGGCCGUGGCGCACUUUGGCGGCCUCGACAUCACCGUCAGCAACUCGGGCGUCGUCAGCUUCGGCCACCUCAAGGACGUGACCGAGGAGGAGUUCGACCGGGUCUUCAGCCUCAACACGCGCGGCCAGUUCUUCGUCGCGCGCGAGGCCUACCGGGUCCUGCGCGAGGGCGGGCGCAUCAUCCUCACCUCGUCCAACACGUCGCGCGACUUCAGCGUGCCGCGCCACUCGCUCUACUCGGGCUCCAAGGGCGCCAUCGACUCCUUCGUCCGCAUCCUCAGCAAGGACUGCGGCGACAAGAAGAUCACGGUCAACGCGGUCGCCCCGGGCGGCACCGUCACCGACAUGUUCCACGCCGUGUCGCAGCACUACAUCCCCGACGGCGAGAAGUACAGCCCAGAGGAGCGUCAGCAGAUGGCCGCCCACGCCUCGCCCCUGCAUCGCAACGGGUUCCCGCAGGACGUCGCCAACGUCGUCGGCUUCAUCGCCAGCAAGGAGGGCGAAUGGAUCAAUGGCAAGGUUAUCACAUUGGACGGCGGGGCGGCAUGA